UUUUCAUUUUUCCCUUUGAACCCCAGUAGAACCAUAAAUACCACUGAGUCCACUGAUGACUUCUGCUUCUGGUAACAGGUUGAGACAGCUGAAAUACAGAGAGAGUAUCAAAACCCUCUUGUGCUGUACGCCACUCCCUGGGCACAUCUGACAAGAGCUGAGCGCGACAUCCAGACACACUGCCAGUCUGGCAUGACUCACUUGUUGGAUUACUACCACUGAUGCUUUAAUGCUGAAAAGACACUGUAUGCUGAACACUUCUGUUGGCUUUUAAGGUAGGACUGUUACUUUAAUGAAUAUUAUAUGAAAUACCAUUUGGGAUAAAGAGAAAGAAUAAGAUCAUAGAGCAUUUUUAUUUUACCUUCUCCUUUUAGGUUAUGUGUUACCAUUUAAAAAAAAAAAAAAAAAAAAAAAAAAAAAAAAAAAAAGGGAAAUUACCAUAUGCAAAUAAAGAAUAAAUAAAGAAACAAUGAAGUAGGCUUAAAACAAUAUUUCAGUUAUUUUUUAGCAUAACAGCAGCAGUUUGUAGAAUGAAAGCUCUCAGCUUGUCCUAAAGACUAAAUUGCAUUUUCAUGUUUAAUGUUAGCCAUACAAAAAAAAUUUAUAGCAAGCAAUAAAAUUGCUCUGUUUCCAGUACCUCACUUGGAUCAUCAGACGAAUAUGAUGGUUUCUAUAAAGGUUUUCUUCAUAUGCAGUCUACUUCAAGGUAGCUUAUGCCAAAACUGGGCAGUCUUCUUGUCUCAGACUGUAGAAGGACUCAGUGGAUCCUGUGUGGUGAUCCGCUGCAGAUUCACCUUGCCCCCAGAAUGGGAGGAAUUCCUGGAUGAUUCAUGUAAAGCUAUCUGGAAGAAAGGUUGGAGUAGAACUCCGGUGUUUGAUUCCAGCCUCACCGGUGCAAGUGGAAGCUUAAAUAUCCAGCAAGGAACCCUGACUGGGAUCCUGCAUGACAAAGACUGCACCACCAUCUUCAACAAUAUGCCAGCACGCCACCAUGACAACUAUUACUUCAGACUGCAGUGUGACAAUGAUUUGAAGUUUAACUUUCCUUCAAGUGUCCUCAUCACCACUCAAAAUUCACUGCCUAAACCUACCAUAACUCCAUCAAGCCUGGAGGUAGAAGAAGAAACUGCAGUGACAUUGACCUGCUCCGCUGUUUCUCACUGUCCUAUUCUUCCUCCACUUCUGACAUGGUCACCCACUUUAGGUGACACAGAGGAGGCAGUGGAAGCUAAUCCUGCGACCUCUGUGAUGAGCUUCACUGCUUCUUACCUUCACAAUGAACAAAAGAUUUCGUGCACUGCCCUCUAUAACCGACAAGCUGGGAAAAGUGACCUUCUGUAUGAAAAAAUUCUGACGCUAAGUGUUCUUUAUCCUCCAAAAAACACAUCAGUCAGUUACUCUGGUCCUGUAAAAGAAGGCAGCUCAGUGACCAUGACUUGCAACACUAAUGCAAAUCCAGCCGUGGACAGCUACACCUGGUACAAAGUGAAUGGAGAUCAGGUGUCAGUGAUGGGAUCAAAGAAGAGGUUUUCAGCCACAGUGUCAGAAAUUGACAGUCAGUUUUUUUGUGGCGUCAGUAACAGAUAUGGAAGCCAGAAUUCUUCUGUCACUCAGAUUGACGUACAGUUUUCCCCGAGGGAAACAACAGUAAUCAUCGAUCCCACUGGUCCAGUUCUGGAGGGCAACUCUGUUUCUCUGAUCUGUAAGAGCCACUCUAACCCACCAGUGACCAACUACACCUGGUACAGAGAUAAUGAGAUGGAUAAGGAGCUCGGACCAGUCUUGGUCAUAGACGGUGCCGACACCAGCCACAGCAGCGAUUACCACUGUACAGCCAAAAAUGAUCUGGGAGAGGAAACGUCAGCAGCAAUUCAGCUGGACAUUCAGUAUCCUCCUAAAAACACUUCAGUGUCUGUUGAUCCUUCUGGUCCUGUGCUGGAUGGCAGCUCUGUGACUCUGACUUGCACAAGCAUCGCCAAUCCAGCAGCGGUGAACUUCACCUGGUUCCAGGUGGCAGGAAGAAAAAAGGAAGCGGUGGGCUUUGAGCAAGACUUCACCUUCAAUGUGACAAAACUCUCAGAUGAUCAAUAUCACUGUGAAGCUCUGAAUAUCCAUGGAGCUGAAUGCUCAGAGCCUGUCAGCAUUGAUGUCACAUUUGCUCCAGAGAUCCUAUUUUCUUCCCGCUGUGUCAAGAUUUUGUCCCAGAUCCGAUGUACCUGUAACACUCAGGGGAACCCGCUUCCCUCCCUGGUUUGGCAGCUGGCUGGCGAGCUUGUCAAUCACUCUGCUGAUAUCCCAAUUCGGGAAGUAAAUCUGGGGAGCACAAGCGCAAGGAGUGUCAUCACUCUGUACUACCUGGGCCAAGACAUGCCCUCUCUGGUCUGCCUGAGCAGCAACUCCCUGGGGUCUGAUAGUAUGGCUUUCAAUAUAUCCUCCAGUGAAACUCAGCUAGUCCUCCAUACUCUUUCUUUGCUGAUUGGCUCUGGAGUGGGAGCACUGGGGAUGUUGCUGAUUUUCAUACCACUACUGAUAUGCCUUUACAGGAAAAGGAAGGACAACGUUUCACUUGACAAGGGACUUGUGGAUAUUUCAGAUUGUUUAGUCACCAAUGAGACUAACUCUUCAAAGGCAGAUGUGAUUUAUGUCAAUAAAGCAGUUCUUGAGGAGGAAGCAGCAGAAUACCAGGAAGACUCUCUCCAUUAUGCUGAUGUGGACUUUGCUAAACUUCAGGCCAGGUCAGAGGGCAAGCUCGGGGAAGGUGAGAUCAAAGGCCUGGCCUCUAAGACUGGUGUGUAUUCUGAGAUCCGCCGAGAAGCACUAAGCAAUGGAGGAGAUACAAAGUAAGAAGAAACACUUACAGAUGCUCA